AUGGCUAAAUCCGCAGACUUGGAGAAGAACAGUAGGGAGUUGCCGCUGAACAACGGCGAGUCCGGCAUCUACGACCUCCAUCACGACCAUCACGACCCUGACCACGCGCUGAACACCAUCCGCACCGCGGGUAGCGUUUCAAUCAGCGCUGAACUGUUUGAGAAGAUCUACUUGACACCCAAAAACCGCGUGUCAAACAAUAUCCGCUCGACGUUCGGGAAUCCCACGCCUCUCUGCCUCGUCGGCUUCUUGUUGUGUGUCACUCCUUUGUCCAACGUGCUGAUGGGGUGGAGGGGCGCGGGAGGAUUAGGCGCUGCUGAAGUUGGAGCAUACUACUUCUUUGGCGGCCUUCUCAUGGUUAUCGGUUGUGUGUUUGAACUGAUCUUGGGCAACACAUUCCCUUGCGUCGUAUUUGCCUCGUUUGGCGCCUUCUGGCUCACAUUUGCUGCGACCUUGACCCCCUUCUACAACGCCUCGAUCGCCUAUCAACCCAACGACCCGGCCAGCUCGUCGUCCAAUCCUGUUUUCACGGCCACCUUUGGCUACUUUCACCUCUACAUGGGUCUUCUCUGUCUGGUCUAUCUGAUCUGCUCGCUCAGGACCAAUAUCAUCUUCCUUUCCAUCUUUGCCACCCUCGUUCCGGCCUUCGGCUGCUUGACUGGUUAUUUCUGGAAAGCCUCGCAAGGCAUCGACGCCACCAAUCUCGUGGUUGCCGCCGGGGCCAUCACCUUUGUCACCAGUCUCCUUGGUUGGUACUUGCUCGUGGUCCAGCUAUUGCUGUCGGUGGACUUUCCACUCACACUGCCCGUGGGCGACCUCAGUCAUUUGAUCCGCGGUGCGGGGGAUAUGAACAAGAAGACAUUAUGA